AUGCCUACCUCUGCUCCCCUCGUCAACACCGCCAAUGGCGCCUCCGCCAACGACAACAUCACCCGCUUCGACCCCCCCAGCCGUGUGCGCUCUCCCCUCAGCAACGCCCUCUUCCACAACAAGACGAGAUGUUUCGUAUAUGGUAUGCAGCCCCGUGCUGUCCAGGGUAUGCUUGACUUCGACUUCAUCUGCAAGCGUUCCACUCCCUCCGUCGCCGGUAUCAUCUACACCUUCGGUGGCCAGUUCGUGAGCAAGAUGUACUGGGGUACCAGCGAGACUCUUCUCCCCGUCUACCAGGAUGUCUCCAAGGCCAUGGCCAAGCACCCUGACGUUGACACCGUUGUCAACUUCGCCUCUUCCCGUUCCGUCUACAGCUCCACCAUGGAGCUCAUGGAGUGCCCUCAGAUCCGCUCCAUUGCCAUCAUUGCUGAGGGUGUCCCCGAGAGACGCGCUCGUGAGAUCAUGGUCAAGGCCAAGGAGAAGGGCAUCACCAUCAUCGGACCUGCCACCGUCGGUGGUAUCAAGCCCGGUGCCUUCAAGAUCGGUAACACUGGUGGUAUGAUGGACAACAUCGUUGCCUCCAAGCUCUACCGCAAGGGUUCCGUCGGUUACGUCUCCAAGUCCGGUGGUAUGUCCAACGAACUCAACAACAUCAUCUCCCAGACCACCGACGGUGUCUACGAGGGUGUUGCCAUUGGUGGUGACCGCUACCCCGGUACCACUUUCAUCGACCACCUGCUCCGCUACCAGGCUGAGCCUGAGUGCAAGAUCCUGGUUCUGCUGGGUGAGGUCGGUGGUGUUGAGGAGUACCGCGUCAUCGAGGCCGUCAAGAACGGCACCAUCACCAAGCCCAUCGUCGCCUGGGCCAUCGGUACCUGCGCUAGCAUGUUCAAGACCGAGGUUCAGUUCGGUCACGCUGGUGCCUCUGCCAACUCCGACCUCGAGACUGCUGUUGCCAAGAACAAGGCCAUGCGUGAGGCCGGUAUCUUCGUCCCCGAGACCUUCGAGGACCUUCCCCAGACCCUCAAGGAGGUCUACGAUGACCAGGUCAAGAAGGGUAUCGUCAAGCCCCAGCCUGAGCCUGUCGUCCCUAAGAUCCCCAUCGACUACUCCUGGGCUCAGGAGCUGGGUCUCGUCCGUAAGCCCGCUGCUUUCAUCUCCACCAUCUCCGACGACCGUGGCCAGGAGCUCCUCUACGCCGGUAUGCCCAUCUCUGAUGUCUUCCGUGAGGACAUUGGUAUCGGUGGUGUUAUGUCUCUUCUGUGGUUCCGCCGCCGCCUCCCUGCCUACGCCAGCAAGUUCCUUGAGAUGGUUCUCAUGCUUACUGCUGACCACGGUCCUGCCGUGUCUGGUGCCAUGAACACCAUCAUCACCACUCGUGCCGGCAAGGACUUGAUCAGCGCUCUCGUCUCUGGUCUCCUGACCAUUGGUUCUCGUUUCGGUGGUGCCCUGGACGGCGCUGCUGAGGAGUUCACCAAGGCCUUCGACAAGGGCAUGAGCCCCCGUGACUUCGUUGACACCAUGCGCAAGGAGAACAAGCUGAUCCCCGGUAUUGGUCACCGUGUCAAGUCCCGCAACAACCCCGAUCUCCGUGUCGAGCUCGUCAAGGAGUUCGCCAAGAAGCACUUCCCCAGCACCAAGCUGCUCGACUACGCCAUUGCCGUCGAGACUGUCACCACCUCCAAGAAGGACAACCUCAUCCUCAACGUCGACGGUUGCGUUGCUGUCUGCUUCGUUGACCUGAUGCGCAACUGCGGUGCCUUCUCUUCCGAGGAGGUUGAGGACUACAUGAAGAUGGGUGUCCUCAACGGUCUCUUCGUCCUUGGUCGUUCCAUUGGUCUCAUUGCCCACUACCUCGACCAGAAGAGACUCCGCACUGGUCUGUACAGACACCCCUGGGAUGACAUCACCUACCUUCUCCCCGCCCUCCAGAAGGGUGGCUCCGAGGGCCGUGUCGAGGUCAGCGUUUAA